GACUACGUGUUAGCGCGUUGUGGCCAGACGAUGGUACGUGUCGUUUCAGUUCGUUGCCUGUCGUGAGAUUGUUUGGUGUGCCGUGUCUUGCCGCUGGGUGGAGGAAAGGGGUGGUGUGAAAAGGGGGCGAUGGAUGGAGUGAUGGUAGCGAGAUGGCGACGUUGGAUUAGAAAUGUGGCGGUGCAGUAUGACGCGUUGAUGCCUGAUGGUGGCCAAAAGUGUUUUCAGUUGGAUUGCAUGAACAUGCUAGUCGCCUAUGGAUGCAGGGGCCACGCUGCGCGACGUGAUUGGGCUCGCAUGUUCUAGUAACUUGCCUGUCGCUGUUGGAGCAGCCUUCUCACCCGCGAACUACAUCCUGCGCGCCUCGUUUUCUCGCUCCGGAGGCUACGACGUAUAUCCUCUCCUAGCAGUUCUACGAUAUAAAACUCUAUAAUUAUGCCUCGCACAAUUUAUCUUGUGGUAUUCAACUCUCGGCUUUUCCCCGCUCACUGGGGGUUAUGGAUUCCACACACAGACGACCCAGGUGUUGGAAAGUUUCUUGAGGCCUCUGGAGAUGCCGCAGAGGGGUUCAACAUUGCCUUUGAGCGGAAUUACAAUCUGGAAGCUACUGGCCGUAUUCAUCAAGUCUUGCGGCUGGCAGAAAUGCAAGAUCACUUGGUGGUUGAUGUCAAAGGAGAUGGAUCGCAAUCCACAGACCAGACUGUACAUGACUAUCUUGAGCAAGUUGCGCUCAGUGUUCCGGCACCAAGUAAAAGCUUAGUCUCGGCUACUGCUCAGGGACCAAAGCAAAGAGUGGAAAUUCAGAAUUGCCAAACAUGGUUACGAGCAGUGGUGGCCGCACUCGUACAGAAUGGGGUCAUAGACCAAGCAGCUCUACAGGCUGUCGACAGCGCACCUAAGAACUGAGAGAAGGGUAAAGGGAAUCCGUCGGGGUUUGUUGUGACAUGUCCGGGCGUGACGAGCUAGGGUUAGAAGAGUUCUAGACCUGCAGGCCCUGGCAUCCUGCC